GUUUUAUAUGUUGUAUUAUAUGUACGUUACUGAUAUUGAAUUUGAUUAAUGAUGCUGCAGCUGAGUAUUAUUACAGAGAAUAUUACACACAGAACAAAACAAACAUAAAUGUAACUUUUUAGAAAUGGUUUACAUCAACAGAGAUAAACACAGCAUCAAUUACAGGACAGACGCACCUAAAAUCAGUCGCAGUUACGCUAAUAUCAUUAAUAAAAUUCUUUGAUCAAAUACUACUCUGGCAGAUUUUAGGUGGGUGGUAUGUUUGGUAAGAGUUGAGUCGUGGCGAUUGUUGGGGGGAGGGGAUUGGUCCUAUUGUUCUUUUCUGGCUCGCAACCGAAAGAAGCUAGCUUAUUUCUAAAAUACUUUCUUUCUUAGCUUUAAUGCUGUUCUUAAUCUAAUUCUGCAAAUCUCAGUCUUCAUGGAUUCCCAGAGUCUGGUUUGACCGCUGGAUGCUAUGGUGCCUGAUGCUCCACAAACCCUCACUGAUCAAUCAGCUAUGCUGUUGCCACAUAUCCAGAUGGUCGCCUGCUUAUCCUGUCAGUUCUGAUAUAACAUCAUGGUAUUCAAUGAUUAAAUUUUAUGUGAGAUUAAGAAUGGAUAUUAGUAAACUAACAUGACAUUCACCAGUUAUAAAACAAUCAGAAAUGUAAGCGGUGAAUGAUUUUAUUAAUCAAGCAGGUAAGAAAGACAUUUAAAAAAAAUUCCUUUCUGUUUCUUUAUUUCGCCAAUAACAUGAUACCAGUAGUCGCUUUUGACGAGCAAAGCCUGCAUUUUCAAUUUUCCAGGUAUCAUAGUUAUCCUUGUGAAGUGGUUCAGUGGGGAGAAGACAUAUUGACACACAAAUGAAAAAUAGAAUUAAGAAAACGUAAAAAGUAAAGCGCAAAUCCGAGUCUUAAGGACUAUACACGUGGCCAAAUGCGAAGGUUCCCAAAGCCUGUUCUAGCACGCUGGUCCUAUAACCUGUUCGAUGUACGAAAGAAAAACAGGUUUUUAUGAAUCCAGUACUUCGAAUUACAGAAUACAUUUACGAUAGUAAUCGCUAUAUACAUGAUUUGGAUAAAACAAUAUCACAAGUUAAUUAUGGGAAUAUAAAACAUGGAGUUAUUCAAGGUUCGCAAGGUACGAACACAAGAGGUUAGCUUGUUAACAUAAUUAACAGCCCACAACGCCACUAGCAUAGUCCGGUGGUCCGCUCACUAGGGUCGAGUCGCCAACCAUGCUAUGCUUCUUCCAACAGUUUGAUUGCUCAUGUUUUGGGAUUAUACAACAAAUGCCAAAUCCGGUUCCUUCCAUGUGUAUUGGAGCCAUCUGUAUACCAUAUCAUUGUAUCUGAUGUUCUCCUGAAUUCUUCUCCUUUAUAGUCUGUUGAGACUUUGUUAUAGACUGUCGUAAAAAGAGUCUCUAGGAUCAAGUAGUCUUUCUCCAUUUCUAAGUUUCAUUUGUGUUCAUUACAUGACACAGAACAGGUCAUACACGAUUGACACUAAUGUUUCAAGGUAGUGUAUGCUCCUUACAUGCACCAUAUAUUCCAUAUUUUAUGCAAUCUUGUCGAACGUGAAUGGGGUAUUGUUUAAAGUGGAAUUGACGAAGUUUUUGAAUUUUCUUUCUCUUUUUUUUUGUACGCUCAGUGAUAGCGGCCAGUUUGGCUUAAGAAACAGUGGCGGUGCCAAUAUUUCAAGUAGCAAAUUAAAUGUGUGACGUACUUCGUUUUUGCCGCAUUAGUUUGCUGCAUUUCACAUUAUGUAAUGUUUCUCAAUUAUUUUCAAAAUUUUUCAAACAUUUGAACUAUUUAACCGGAUGAGGGUGAAAUUUCCCACGUGGCCCGACACGUUUCAUCCUGCUCGGUUAGGCUUAAAUAUAAAAUUGAAACAAUAUGUUAAGACGGAAAUGCCACGAGCGGGGAGGUUACUGCAAGAUUGAAGACCUUUUUUCCUAUAGCUAUUCUACUCGACCUUUUAUUAUUUUAUUUUAGUAGAAAUUCCUUAUAUUUUAUUACUAUAUUCGAUGUUACGAAACGUUUAGUGAAUAUGCGUGCCUAUUUAGAAUAAUAUUUACAAAUAGCUUUACAAAUAAAAGUAAUACUAGUUAAUAAACCAUAUGGUCGAAUCUUUAAUUAUGAUAUAAAACGUUCGAAAAACAGAAGUAUAGUACAAUAAUAAUCAACUCGUUUAACAAAUAAUAAAGGAACAAAAAGACUUAUAAAGCCUGUAAAAAAUGAUAGAUCCAAGUUCAUCAGAGGAGGAAAGUGAGGAGGAACAACACCAUCACCACCAUCAAGAUGAUCAUAGGCAUCAUGGUCAACAACAUUCAUCACAUGGUUCACAUCACCAUCAUCACACUCAAGAAUCAUCUAAUCUUGAUGUUCCUCAUGCUAAUCAGCCUCUUCCACGGUCACUCUCACCUGGCAGUACAUCUACAGACACUGUUAGUCUUAGUGGAACAACUAAUGCAUCAAGAUCUAACUCACUACCUCGCCCUACAAGUCCCAGUCCUUCAGUUGUUAGUGAAAAAGCUGAAGCAGAGCUGCAGGACAAACAAGAAAGAGAAGAAGAAGAGAGGAAAAGAAAGUUGCAGUUAUAUGUUUUUGUAUCAAGGUGCAUUGCAUAUCCCUUCAAUGCAAAACAGCCUAACGAUAUGACAAAGCGUCAGCCCAAAAUAACAAAGCAGCAGCUAGAGAUAAUUCAAGGAAGGUUUCAGAGUUUCCUCAAAGGUGAAACUCAAAUUAUGGCUGAUGAAGCUUUUCAAAAUGCUGUACAAAGCUAUUAUGAUGUUUUUUUACGUUCAGAGAGGGUUUUAAAAAUGGUGCAAUCAGGAGCUUGCUCUCAGUUUGAUUUUCGUGAAGUUUUUAGGAAUAAUAUAGAAAAAAGAGUCAGAUCUCUUCCAGAAAUUGAUGGUAUUAGCAAAGAAACAGUUCUUGCCUCAUGGAUGGCUAAAUUUGACUGCAUAUUUAAAGUAACUGAUGAUGAUUCAAAAAGACCAUCGCGAAUGCAGCAACAAAUACUGAAUAGUGAGUCGAUUCUGUCGAAAGAUCAACUGUACGAUAUGUUUCAACAAAUUCUAGGAAUCAAAAAAUUUGAGCAUCAACUUUUGUUUAAUGCGCUACAGCUUGACUCUGCUGAUGAACAAGCUGCAGCCAUUCGAAGGGAAUUGGAUGGCAGAAUGCAAAAAGUUUCUGAAAUGGAAAAGAACCGUAAACUUAUGCCAAAAUUUGUUUUGAAAGAAAUGGAGUCUUUGUACAUAGAAGAAUUGAAGUCGUCGAUUAAUCUCUUGAUGGCAAAUUUGGAAUCACUACCAGUAUCUAAAGGAACUAUUGACUCAAAGUACGGCCUACAAAAACUAAAACGAUAUAACCAUAGAUCUCAAGGCUCAUUAGCUAAGCUAGAAGGAGAUUCAGCUGACAAUGACACCCAACUUACAAAAUUAGAUGUUGUUCUCACCUUUCAACUGGAGGUAGUAGUUAUGGAGGUGAAAGGACUAAAAUCAUUAGCUCCUAACAGAAUAGUUUACUGUACAAUGGAAGUGGAAGGAGGUGAAAAAUUACAAACUGAUCAGGCAGAGGCAUCAAAACCGAUGUGGGAUACUCAGGGAGAUUUUUCUUCGACACAUCCCUUACCAGCAGUAAAAGUGAAAUUGUAUACAGAGAAUCCAGCAAUUUUAGCACUCGAGGAUAAGGAAUUGGGAAAGGUCAUAUUACAUCCAACUCCUCUAUCAUCAAAGGUUCCUGAGUGGCACAAGAUGAUAGUACCCAAAAGUUGUGCUGAUCAAGAUCUUAGAAUUAAAAUUGCAUGUCGCAUGGAUAAGCCAUUGAAUAUGAAACAUUGCGGAUAUUUAUAUGCCAUUGGUAAAUCUGUAUGGAAGAAAUGGAAGAAACGAUAUUUCGUUCUUGUUCAAGUUUCUCAAUACACUUUUGCAAUGUGCACUUACAAAGAAAAGAAAUCAGAACCAUCUGAAAUGAUGCAAUUGGAUGGUUAUACAGUUGACUACAUUGAGCCUGCUAGCGCUAACCUUAUGGUUGGUAUGGAUCUGGAAGGAGGGCGAUAUUUUUUUAACGCAGUUCGUGAAGGAGAUAACAUAAUUUUAGCAUGUGACGAUGAAAAUGAAUGUCAUUUGUGGGUAAUGGCAAUGUAUAGAGCAACAGGGCAGUCUCACAAACCAACGCCACUUGUAACAUCAGCUGCAAAAAAUUCAACCAUUUAUAAAAUUCAAGGAGAUGCUGAUAGAGCAAGAAAACACGGCAUGGAAGAGUUCAUUUCAGCAGAUCCUUGUAAAUUUGAUCAUGCAUCAUUAUUUAAAACGUUACAGACCCUUGCUCUAGAUUAUAGAAUGAACGAUCCUUAUUGUUCUUUGGGUUGGUUCAGCCCUGGUCAAGCAUUUGUAAUAGAUGAGUACUGUGCUAGAUAUGGAGUUAGAGGAUGUUUUCGUCAUCUAUGUUACCUCAGUGAUUUGUUGGACAGAGCAGAAAAAAAUAUCAUGAUCGAUCCAACAUUGAUUCACUUCAGCUUUGCAUUUUGUGCAAGUCAUGUACACGGAAAUAGCACGGAGGUCCUUGAAGAUAAUACCCCUGUUGCAAGGCCUGAUGGUGUAGGAACUGUUACGCACGAGGAAAAGGAAAAGUUUCAAGACAUCAAGGAGAGACUCAGAAUACUUUUGGAAAAUCAAAUUACAAAUUUUAGAUAUUGUUUCCCAUUCGGAAGGCCAGAAGGUGCUCUUAAAGCUACUCUAUCACUCCUAGAACAGGUGUUGAUGAAAGAUAUUGCAACUCCGGUUCAACAAGAAGAUGUCAGAGCUAUGAUCAAGAAAUGCCUGGAAACUGCUGCACUCGUUAACUAUAGAAGGUUGUCCGGUGAAGCAAAAGUUGAAGGAGGGGAGGGAGCUGUAACAGAUGAAAUCACAGGAGAAACUAUUAUCCCACCCAGUAAGAAAUUAGACGAUCUCAUUCAUCUUGCUGAGUUAUGUGUCGAUCUUCUCCAACAGAAUGAGGAACAUUAUGCAGAGGCUUACAGAUCGGAUAAAGCUUUUGCGUGGUUUAGCGAUCUUCUAGUCGAACACGCUGAAAUAUUUUGGGGACUAUUUGCAGCAGACAUGGAUCUUGUUUUAGCAGAGCAGCCUCCAGAUACUUGGGACUCAUUCCCUCUGUUUCAAAUAAUGAAUGACUAUUUACGAAGCGAUGAUAACUUGAAGAACGGAAGAUUUCAUCAGCACCUGAGGGAUACGUUUGCCCCUCUGGUUGUUAGAUAUGUUGAUUUAAUGGAAUCAUCAAUUGCUCAGUCCAUACACAAAGGAUUUGAAAAAGAGAGAUGGGAAUUAAAAGGGAAUGGCUGCGCUACAUCAGAGGAUUUAUUUUGGAAAUUGGAUGCUUUGCAAUCAUUUAUUCAAGAUCUUCAUUGGCCUGAUUUGGAAUUCCGGCAACAUUUAGAACAACGGUUGAAACUUAUGGCUUGUGAUAUGAUCGAGUCUUGUAUACAAAGAACUGAAGGAGCAUUUCAAUCUUGGUUAAAGAAAGGUGUAACAUUUAUAUCGACAGAUUAUAUAAUACCAUCUGAGAUGUGUGCUAUGGUCAAUGUUAUACUUGAUGCCAAAAACCAAUCAUUUAAACUUUGUGCUGUUGACGGAGUUGAUUUGCAUCAAUACCACACUAAAAUUGAUGAUUUAAUCGAGAAAACUUCAGCCAGCAUGAGUCAAGGGAUGAUUGCAAAACUCAUUGCUGUACUAGAAGCAACUUUAUCCAAAAUGUCACGAUAUGAUGAAGGAAGUUUGAUCGGGUCAAUAUUAAGCUUUACUAAUGUAUCAGGAUCUGGGAAGGACAUGGGUCAGGCUUAUGUCAACUUCACCAGGAAUUGCAUGGAUCAAAUCAGAAGUAAAGUUAAUGAUGAAUUGUGGAUACUCAAUUUUUUUGAGCAAUGGUAUACAGCACAAAUACAGAUGCUCUGUAACUGGCUGUCUGAAAGAAUUGAUCAUUCAUUGCAUGUAUGCCAGUGUACAUGUUUAGCUCAUAUUGUAAAGAAAUUGUAUUCAGACUUUGAACUUCAAGGAGUCAUGGAGGAUAAAUUGAAUUCUAAAACAUACCAAACUGUCUCACAACGAAUGCAAACAGAAGAAGCAACGUGUGCAUUGACUAUGAGCUCACGGCGAGAGGAGGAAGGAUAUUCAGAGGAAGGAGGAGAUGAUGAUGAUCGUUCCAAACCGAAAGUAACGGUUAGGGAAGGUGCCAUAGGAGAGGACGGUAACUAUGUGGCAAAAAUAAGUAAUGUUACAGCAAAUGUUGUUGGAAAAGUGGGAAAUGUCUUUGGAAAAGGCAUAGGUGGUCUUACAAGUAAAUUUGGAGGAGGGAGCAGCUGGUUCUAGAAACUAUACAUUGUUACUUUGUACCCUGUUUGUUAUGAUAGUUUGUAGACAAUGUUAUUAUAUUGUAUAAGGCAUUAUUAUCGACAUCCUCCAUGAGUUCCACAAGGUUCAUAAGUCAUUCAAUUUGAAUGAAUUUAACUGAAUAAACUGUAUGUAUGAAUAAAAUAUGUAUUUUAUAAUGCUAUGAACAUGCAUAUGUACUAUGUUGUUGACUUGUUUAAUCACUAUUAUUUAGAUCAUAAAGUUAGUAUUUACAUUUUGCAUAAUGACCUGGAUGUAUAUUAUUCAUUACUGCAGUUACAAAAGAAGUUUGGGUUUUUUUAUCGUAGCAAUAUUUCACUCGAUAAUGUGUUAUUAUUGGUCACUUUUAUUAAAAGACAGUGCCUGAUUAUACAUUUAGGGUACAAAGUAGCACUUGUGCCCUUGUUAAAUAUUGUUAUAUAGUGAGGUAAUUAUGAUACUCCAAAGUUAAUAAUAAAUAUUAAUUGUUAAGAGAAUUAGGCAAAUCAAUCAGUAGACUGAGAUAGAAAUUAGAUGUUUGGUAUUCAUUUUUUAUUAUCAUUUCAAUUACAGCUUGCGUAGAAUACAUCAUGUGAAUUUGAAUGAUUCUCAGUUUAUUGUUUGGUUGCCUAUUUUCAGGUUUAGCCUGUGUUAUAUCAGUAUAAUAUUUUAUCUACAAACCCAUGUGGCCUAGAUAUAAAAUCAUAAUAAAAAUAACUAUUACUAAUAAUAAUAUAGUACAAUGUGCUUUGAAAAAUCACGGGUGUAAUGGAAUAUAUUUAAAUUUGUGACAACAUUUAUAGAAUAUUAAUUAGAGAAAUUUAAUAACAAAGGGAGCAAAACUGAUCCUGCAAACUUGUUAUUAAGUCAUGUUACUAGACUUGAUUUCAAGAUGUUAAACAUGUGGAUCGCUUAUACUAUUAUGUUUAAUUUUUUUAAGUGUAUUAUAUCUGCUCCUUUUAUAUUUUUAGAUAACACUUAAUCUUUUUCACUUGAAAUGCCUUAUUUGUUUCCAUUGAGACAGCUUUGAAUAAGACCUUGAAACACCUAGAAGCAAUUACUGGGAUUGAGGGGGUAUGCAAGAAAAGUACAACAGCCAUCUUGGCCACAUAUACAGCUGAAUUUAACUAACUAAUAUUUUUUUUAAUUUUAAGGACAACAAUAAAAGUACUAUAAAUAAAUUUAAAAUUUAAUUGAAAUUGAUCAUCCUGACAAUUUAACUUGAGUGUUUUUUUUGUUUUGUAUAUUUUUUUUCAAGCUCCUUUAUCACUACAUUGUCGAUUAGUAAUUUUGCUUGUACUGCAUAAACAAAAAACAUUUCAUACUUUUCACUAUUAAAGCAUCAAAAGCUAAUACAAAUUUUAUUGUGCAAAUAUAGUUUAUAGAUUUUACAAUUUUUUUCUUUGUUUUUCAUCUCAGGUUAGGUGGGAAAAUGUUGAACUUAACCAAGACGUAAAUGUGCAUUGGCUACAAAUUAAACAAAAAUCUCAAGACUGAUCUUGGUGAUUUUCUGGUUUUAUGAUGUUCAACAUUUUGACACCCAUCCUAUUUAUUUAUUUGUUUUAUUCAGCUUAUUCUAGCUGAGACAGGUUAGAUGCACGGAUAGAUACACAGUUGUUUUUCUAUAAUGAAUACAAUUUAAAUGAAAACUUGCUAAUUUACAUAGGAAGUAAAAAAAAAAUUUUUAUUCAAAACAUGUAUAGUGAUUAAGAUUUUAACAGAGCUAAAUUUCAAAAAAUUAAUUCUAUAAUUUGGUGUUUCUUCUAGCCAUAUUAGAAUUUUGAAUCUUAGAAUAUUAGUCAAAAUCAUUGACUUGGAAGGUGAUACACAACAAAAUAGAUAACAAUCACAUUUACUGAGAUUACCAAAAGGAAAUAAUCCAUUUAAAAAAAUUGUUAACAUUUUAAUCACUGAAAUAAUCUGAAUUGUUUACACCUGUACAUCCCAACUGGGUAACUAGCAAUAGACACGCAGCUUUGUUGAAAACAACCAUUGUAAAAACUCAAUAUUUAGUUCAUAAAAUGUCAUGUAAUUCUUCCAUGAACUAUUUCCAAAUGUUGAAUACACUCCUCAGAUGUUUUUAAGCGUUUAUGAAGAGGUGUUUGGUCAGCAGAGGUGGAUUUCUUCUGUGAUUUGGGAUAGAGGAUAGUGGUCCUUUUUCCUAGAAGACAAGACUGCAAAAUGUUGUUUUUAUUUGACAGUGUAAUAUUAAAAGUUAUGCUCCACUGGUACAAGAGAAGUCUUGGUGUAUCUAGUUACAACUAAGUAUAUGUACAAAGCCUCACAACAUAAACGCCACACUCACAAACACACGUGUAAACUUAUUUAUAUAUUUAUAAAAAUUUCAGAGAGAUCCAGCUGUGUUUAAAUGUGUAUAAAGAGACCAUAUAAAUAUUUGUUAAAGUUGCCAUAAGUAAAAAGAUUUAUUUUGUA